AAGGCAGAUAAUGCGGUCGUCCUGGACGAGUCAAGCCGCCGCGAUAACCACGACACGAUGACUCCACGUCGGCCCCGUCGGCGGAGACAGCCAACCAGUCGCUCGUAAAUCUCCAUCGGCAUGCCGGUUCCCCGCCGCUCCCCCACAUGUAAGUCACAGGUCAGGAUGAUGUCUGGGGAUGGAGCGAGAGGAGGUGUUGGUGCUUAUCGUGGGUUUAAAUAGCAUGUUCUGCUGUAUUUUGGAUUUUAACCAGCAGACCCAGUUUUGUGUUCUUGACUUGAACUGAACAGCUCCACCUAAGAACUAAGCAUAUUUAAUAUUGUCCAACAUGACCAUUACAGACUCCGUCACCAGCAGUUCCGUCCUGCAUCGCAACACGCGCUUUGUCCCCAAGAAAGCCAUCGGCGGUAAAGGCAGCUACAUCUUCCUCGAAGAUGGCACCAAGUUUCUCGAUUCGACCGGCGGUGCCGCCGUAUCCUGUCUCGGUCAUGGCCACGAGGAAGUCAAGCAGGCUGUGAUCGACCAGAUCAAUCAGCUCUCGUACUGUCAUACGACUUUCUUUGGGACCGAGGCAUCUGAAGAGCUCGCUCGUCUGCUCACUGAGUCGACGGGAGGCAAGAUGUCGAAGUUGUUUGUUGUGAGUUCUGGCUCCGAAGCCGUCGAAGCCGCCCUCAAACUCGCCCGUCAAUACUUCCUCGAACUCCCCACCCCCCAGCCCCAACGCACCCGAUUCAUCGCCCGAAAGCCCUCCUACCACGGCGUCACUCUCGGAGCACUCUCCGUCGGCGGACACAUGAUCCGUCGAGAAGCGUUCGAACCCCUCCUCUCAAGCAACACAUCCCAUGUCUCUCCUUGCUAUCCCUACCGAGGUCAAGCAAAGGACGAGUCCGAUGAAGAUUACAUCGCCCGACUAGCAACAGAACUCGACGAGGAGUUCCAGCGCGUCGGCCCAGAGAAUGUCUGCGCGUUUGUCGCGGAGCCGGUUGUUGGAGCGGCCCUCGGCGCCGUCCCCGCCCUCCCAGGCUACUUUCCCGCCAUGAAGUCCAUCUGCGAGAAAUACGGAGCGCUAUUCAUCCUCGAUGAGGUAAUGAGCGGAAUGGGACGUUGUGGGACCGUCCACGCCUGGGAACAAGAGAACGUAGUACCCGAUCUGCAAACCAUCGGCAAGGGACUUGGGGGCGGGUACGCGCCCGUCUCGGGACUCUUAAUCUCAGAGAAAGUCGUGGACGUAAUGGACAACGGCACGGGCGUGUUCCGCCACGGCCAGACGUACCAGGGUCAUCCGGUGGCUUGUGCUGCUGCGUUGGCGGUGCAGAGGGUCAUUAAGCGGGAUAAUCUGUUGGAGAAUGUGAGGACGAUGGGAAAGUAUUUGGAGGAGGAGUUGAGGAGUCGGCUGGGGGGACAUCCAAAUGUGGGUGAUAUUCGGGGAAGGGGUUUGUUUUGGGGGAUUGAGUUCGUCAGCGAUAGGGAGACGAAGGAGCCGUUUGCGCCGGAGUUGGGCGUGGCGUUCCAGGUUCAGGAGACGGGGCUGGGGCCAGAGUUUGGUGUCUCGUUGUAUGCUGCCAAUGGGUCAGUGGAUUGUAUGCGUGGGGAUCAUAUUAUUCUAGCGCCGCCGUAUAAUGUCUCCAAGGAGGAGAUUGAUAUCAUUGUGGAUACGGCGGCCAGGGUGAUUGAUGUGGUGUUUGCCAAGUUGGAGACGGCAUAGAUGGGGUGGAUUUCUAGGGUGCUUGGAGCACGGGUUGUUCUUAUUUGGUUUUUGAUGGCAGUAGCAACGAAUAUUCAUUAAAUGUCUUGAUGUGCAUGCCGAAAAACCGGGUAUAGUAUUGUAUUCGCCUUAUGGAAAGUAUGACUCGAUAAGUGGGAAGACGGGAGUAUUGUUACACAUUGCAGUUUCGUUCAAGCUUUGGCCUCAAUCGCAGCAGUAGCAUCCUUGGCUUGCACUUUGCUCUCUCCGUUCGUGACGGUCGCAGGCGGGGGUCCCUCCGUCCACAUGCUUG